CUGCUUCUUGCUUUUAUUGCCAGAUGCUCCACCCACUUUACCAAGACUAGCACAACUGUUUAUCCUAUUUACUUGCACUCAAUCAUUCUAUCUGAGCCCAAAACUGUUCCAAAUAUGGUUCUGAACGAGGAGGACUAAUACUUAUCGCAUCGUUCCGUCCCGGAACCUUUUUAGAACGGCUCAUUCCAUCCUGUACCCCAUACACAUAACACACCAAAACACAAAUACAAACACUCCUCCAAAAGGACCUUGUGAUACGAUAGGUACCUAGCAACAAGUGGAAAGCCUAAACACGUGACCAUCUCAUUCCCCUGCUUUACCUACCUAGGUUCCCUUCCAUUGGGAACAAAUCAACCAUAGCACUUUCAAUGCCCCUGCAAAACUCCCUCAAAACCCGCUCACCUAAACAAGAUCAUUAAAUCCCCCCUAAUAUAUCCUAAGACAUAAGCCAUUCUUUAAUGUAUCCAUCCCGUCUCAAAACAAGCAAAAAAAAACAUGCUCAUCUUCAUAUCAGAUGAGCAAGUUUCACCACGCGGCAGAGUUCCAGACAGACGCGGGAGGCUGAAGCACCACCCACCCUGCCACCCCAACCGAGGCCGUUCCACACUAGCGGCCGUGCGCUCCCGUUCCUGAUAACGCCCUGACGCCUUCAGUGCUAAGCGUGGUGUAUUUCUAAUCGGCGCAACGUCACCUCACCUCACCUUAUAUCAGGACAGCUUGCCGUACGUACAACAGAGUGAUACACAUACGCAUAUCGAUACAAAUACCCGGCUCUACCUCUCUCUUUCACGUACCUCUUACUCUCUGCCAUUUCUCAAUCAUAAACCAGACAAACAGACAAACCAGCAAGAAAGAAGGAACAAAAGAAGUUUAAACCACAAUACCCCGCCAUAUCGGAAACCUCCAAUAGCAACGUCAGUCAGGAUCGGGACAAAAUAGAGACAGAUCAGGAAAAUCAAAAAUGUCGGCAGAACAAGACCAUACCUAUAAAUUCAACGUCAGCAUGAGCUGUGGUGGGUGCUCGGGAGCUGUUAACAGAGUAUUGGGGAAGUUGGAAGGCGUAAAAUCCUACGACGUCUCCCUCGACACACAAACCGCCACUGUCGUCACUGAGCCCUCUCUCUCCUACGAUAAAGUCCUUGCUACGAUUGCGAAGACGGGGAAGAAGGUUAAUACUGGGGAGGCGGAUGGUGAGAGUAGGAGUGUGGAGGUUGUUGCUGCUUAGAUUUUGAUUUGGUUUGCGCUUCAGCGAGGGGAGGGUAGAGAUUGCCUGAUGGUUGGGGAGACGGAAUAGGAGGGGUUAGGGGUGAGGAGAGGAUGAAUGAGAUAAGGGAGAUAGGAGGGAUGAGGAGAGGGAGGGAAGGGCGUUUGGGAUGGGAAUAUGAGAUAUGAAAUAUGAAAUGGAAAUGAAUACCUACUCGAUGCGUUUUGCGUGGCUUACGAACUUGCGUCGAUUUUGCUUGUGGUGGAUGAGGGGCACAAGGGAGAGAGAGCAGGACUUGUUAAGUUGGAGCACUGGAAUUCAAUGAACUGAAUGGACUAGCUUGCGUUCUUGGUUUUCUAGGAGGGCUUCCGACUUGUGAAGUAAUACCUUUCUCCCAUUAAUAGUUUGUUUGGCUAUAUUAUCCAAUGAGAAGUAAAUCUCUCUACUCCUCUCUCUCUUUAUACUUCAUCCACUUCAGCUCUGUUUAUUAUUUCCACCCACAAUUCAAGCAUGGUAGUCUCAAACAAGGAAAAACGACACAGUCCCUCCCCUCCUUUCAAAUAUAUUCUAAAGCAUUUCAUUCCCUAUAGCUAUUGGGAAGGGAUAUCUGCUACCAGUCAGUCAACCUCAGAUAAGGUAAUACAAAAAUACAAGAUUGGCGCGAGCCAAGAAGAGGAACUGGAGAUGAGAUGGGAAGGACGGAGAGUACGGGAAGGGGUGGAACUUGGUUACUAACGAACUGGGCUGCAAAAGUCCGUGUACAUGGAAGUCAUAAAUUCCGCAAAUCAGUCCCGUGGUUUCUAACUAACUUAGGUUUGGCAACAGCUGUAGCCCGCACGCGGAUCGGAUGGACCGGCUCAAGUCUAGCGUAGACCGCACAAAAGAACCCAAUCGAUGAUUUAUUCCUUCCAAACCUUAAAUCCUUGGAAAAGGUAAAUUGAAUGCAUAUAAUUCCACUGCCAACACCAUUUAUCAAUCAAAAGUCUUGAUCCGAUUCCAAAUCCGUAUGAUUGAAGUUAUGGCCAACAUCACAUCGACAACCAAUACACCCGUUACUUCUACCUGUGUGCCAUGCAUUGGGAAACGCCCUAGACAUUCCAUCAGCGACGAGGACGUUGCAGCAAUUAUCGUCGGUCUAGUUACGCUGG